AUGCCGACUUUAGACGCUCCAGAAGGGAGGCUGAGAAGAUUCAAGUACCGAGGCAAAGAUGCGUCUAUCCGGCGGCAACAGCGCAUGGCAGUCAGCCUGGAACUCCGCAAGGCCAAGAAAGAUGAGCAGGCCUUAAAGAGAAGAAAUAUCACCAUUUUCUCCCCUGAACCAGCUUCUGGACAGCUAACCAAAGGGGUCAGCCUCACCCUGCAAGAAAUAAUCAGUGGCGUGAAUGCCUCAGAUCCAGACCUGUGUUUCCAGGCCACCCAGGCAGCCAGGAAAAUGCUGUCCCAAGAAAAGAACCCUCCUCUAAAAUUGAUUGUUGAAGCAGGGCUCAUCCCCAGGCUGGUGGAGUUCCUGAAGUUGUCGCCUCACCCCUGCCUGCAGUUUGAGGCAGCCUGGGCUCUGACCAACAUCGCUUCUGGGACUUCAGAGCAGACUCAAGCUGUUGUGGAAGGUGGGGCCAUCCCACCUUUGGUUGAGCUCCUGUCUUCCCCCCACAUGACUGUGUGCGAACAGGCGGUGUGGGCUCUUGGUAAUAUCGCAGGUGAUGGCCCAGAAUUCAGAGACCUCGUUAUCUCGAGCAAUGCCGUUCCAUAUCUGCUGGCCCUCGUUUCAUCAACCAUACCAAUCACAUUUCUGCGGAACAUCACGUGGACCUUGUCCAACUUGUGCCGAAACAAGAACCCUUACCCUUCCGUGAAAGCCGUGAAGCAGAUGUUGCCUGUCCUGUCCCACCUCCUGCAGCACCAAGACAGCGAAGUUCUCUCGGACACCUGCUGGGCCCUGUCCUACCUCACUGAUGGCUCCAACGAGCGCAUCAGCCAAGUGGUCAACACAGGGGUCCUGCCCAGGCUGGUCCAGCUCAUGAGCAGCUCAGAGCUCAAUGUCUUGACCCCCUCCCUCCGCACCAUGGGGAACAUCGUCACGGGAACAGAUCACCAGACCCAGGUGGCCAUCGAUGCGGGCAUGCUGAACGUGCUGCCCCAGCUCCUGAUGCACCCCAAGUCCUCCAUCCAGAAGGAGGCAGCUUGGGCCUUGAGCAACGUGGCUGCAGGGCCUUACCAGCACAUCCAGCGGCUGAUUGCUUGCGGCAUGCUGCCUCCCUUGGUGGCUCUACUAAAAAAUGGAGAAUUUAAAGUCCAGAAAGAGGCUGUUUGGACCGUGGCUAACUUCACAACUGGAGGCACCAUAGACCAGUUGAUCCAGCUUGUCCACUCUGGCGUCCUGGAACCACUGGUGAAUCUGCUUACCAUCCAAGACACCAAAAUUGUUAAAAUCAUCCUUGAUGUUCUCUCUUUUAUCCUCCAGGCAGCAGAGCAGCUUUCAGAGAAGGAAAACCUGUGUCUUCUGAUUGAAGAAAUGGGUGGCAUUGAUAAAAUUGAGGCUUUGCAACUCCACGAGAACCCGCAGGUUGCCCUGAUGGCUUCGAACAUUAUCGAGAACCAUUUUUCUGAGGGAGAAGAAAGUGGCGCAAUGUUACCAGCCCUGGAUCAAGAUCAUGAAUUCUUAAAUGGCUUAACAAAAAAAUACCAAGGCCCCCUGAUUCCUAAACCAAGGAGCAAACCCUAA